AUGACUUUGCAACAUGGCUUGCAGCAGCAUACAGUUUUAGUUACACAACAUUUUGGACCACAGCAGCAACAAUCACAGCAGCAAGGAUCACAACAAGAGCAACAACAAGGAUCACAACAGCAUGGAUCACAGCAUGAACCACAACCGCAACCGCAGCCACAACCGCAACCGCAGCCACAUCCACAACCACAACCACAUCCACAACCACAGCCUGGCAUAUUAAUAGUAAUAAUGUAUUUUCUACUUGUUUCAAGCAAGCAAGUAGUUAUUUCUAAUGUUAUUCCACGAUUAGAUACAAAUGGAUCCUAUGUAGAUGCACAUGAUGGUUGUUUAGUUAAAUUCAAUAAUACUUAUUUUAUGUAUGGUACAGUUUACGGUAAUUGUCAUCAAGCAACAACCAUUUGUGAUGCUGUAUGUGGUUAUUUGAACAAUACGUUUGCUUUAUAUAUUUCAACAGAUCUCGUCAAUUGGACAUUGAGUAGUAAUAAUGUUGUUCCUGAAGUUACUACAGAUCAUAACUACAUUAAUUAUUGGAUGCCAAAUGUUGGUUAUAAUCGUCAUACUAACCAAUAUGUUAUGGUCUACUGGUCAAGCAAAUAUGGAUUUAAAAAUUCCAUGGUUGCUCUUGCUGUUUCUUCAACACCUUUUGGUCCUUUCGUGAAUGUUCCACCUUUAGUGAUGCAAGGAGGAACAGUAAUCAGUAGUACUACUGGCCUAUUCGUUGACGAUGAUAAUACAGCUUAUGUUCGAUAUAAUACACGUGAUUCACCUUUGAGACAUGUAAUAGAAAAACUUUCACCAGAUUGGAUGACAAGUACAGGGCAAUUCUCUAUUAUUUUUGAGAAAGAAGAUUAUCCAUGGUAUGAAGGAGGCGGGGUAUUCAAAAGAAAAGGUAUCUACUAUACGAUGUUAGGUGUUGAUUGUUGUUUUUGUCAAUGGGGUGGAGAUGCGCGAACAUUUAUUAGCACUAAUCCUCUUGGUAAUUGGACUUAUCUCAGCGAAUUAGAUUAUUGUGCUGAUGGAAAAGCUCCACCAGAUCAUAUAGAUGGUCAGAAUAUCAAUCCAUGUUCACUUAAUGAUCCGUAUGGAACAAAUUUUACAGUUCCUGCGCAACAAUUCAAUGUAGCUACUUUACCGAUAUCAUCAGAAGAAACUUUAUACAUGUACUAUGGAGAAAGAUUUCGUUCGAGUUACGAUGGAAUCAAAGGUCAUGAUUUUCAAGCUUGGAUACCAAUAGAAUUUAUGGAGAAUGAUAUUCCAAAACC